AUGGCAUACCCCCCGCCUCAGUCGCAGAGGCCUCCUCCGGUCAGAAACUAUGGCCCUCGCCCUACACCACGAGGACCCCCGGCGCCAAGUCAGAUGCAAGACGGGUCUUAUGACCAAGGAUACAGUGACUACAACUAUGGGUCUCGUGGUGACCGAAGUUACGACAACGCCGGGUACGGUUACCCUGACGAUCGAGCUGUUCCAAGAUCUCAUGGGGCACCGCGCGGCCCUCCGCGACCCCCUCGUGGAGGUUAUGGUUCUCCUGCAGAGCAGCCUCAUGAUCGAAGCUAUGCCUAUAAUGGACGAUCACCACCCGGCCCCGACAGUCGUCGCGGCUACGGAGACAGGAGGCCACCUCCAAGGCAGGACCAGACGAGACCGUCUGGACGUCCGCCCGCACCGGAGCAGGAGAGAAUGGCAUGGGAUAACCCGUUCCCCACGUUUCCAGCCCAAGAGGCGCGCGGCGCCCCCGGCACCAGAGGUAUCGAGAACGGUAUGGCGGCGAUGAAGCUCAAUGGCCAGAUGCCACCCGGCAGCGCUCCCGAUCGCCCGCACACUUCGCACGGAAGACGCGAUGUCCCUCGGCAAGCCGGUUCUACAUCGCCUGGUCGAGGGAGGGGGGGCUAUCCUGGUGGUCCUAUGAGGUCGGCCAGUGCAGGACGCUCCGGCCGGCGACCUUCGGAUGCCUAUGAGCGGUCCUACACUUCCGCCAGUGAGCCGCCACCGGUGCCUUACAUUAACAGAAGUGCUACGAUGCCCGUUCAUUCGGCAUCGCCCACGUCCUCUGUUGCCCAACCCACAUAUCCUGGGCAGCCCACCUACCAGGACCCUAACUCAUCGAAUGAUUACAGUGAUACCGAUGAACUACUGAGUUAUUACAGAACCGCUCAUGCCGAUGAGUCCGACAUGCCUAAUUUUGAUGCUAUCCCUGACGGCGGCAAGGUCAUCGACGAGAAUCUACCAGGGCUAGAACAGCCGAAGCCGAAAGCGAGAGCACCUGCUGACCCUGCCGCCUCCUCCCAAGGCCAGUAUGCAGCUUUCAACACGCACUACGGUACUACCGAUCAGUACCCUCAGUCGCAACACAAUAUUGCUGGGGUCGGUACACCGAACCACUUUGAUAGUGCAGGGUUCCAAUUCGACCUACCCGGUAACCCACCAUCAGCUUCCCCUGUCCGAACUCAAGGCAGUAUGGACCAUGGCUACAAUGGGCAACCGGAUGCUUACGAGGAUCCGAUGAAUAAUCAAUAUAUGCAACAACAGGGCAGUGGAGGGCCUGCCGUUCCUGCCUAUGGAAACGGACCUCCUCGACCCUACAGGGUCAAUCAGCCUGGAUUUACAAAUGAGCAAUCACAGAUGGUCAAUGAGAUAAACGAGUUCGAUUCGCAACAGAAUCCGGACGCCCUGCCUCAUCACCCUGCGCCUUUCCGACCAGGGCACGACCAGGGGAGCAAGCCGCCUCCUGUGCGGCAGUACGACAAUAGUAACACAACGGGAUCUCCAACCUCCAUGGUCCCGCAGACCCAGCCUAUCGCUCAGCCGGACCCCGCGCCUACGCCUGUCACUCACCAAGAGCUUGAGCGCUUGCAGCAAGUGGUACGGAGCAAAGCUGCUGACCCGAAAACUCAACUUCUAUUGGCACAGAAACUGGUUGAGGCCUCGACGGUCCUUGUCGAAAAUAGCAGGAUGGAUCCAAAAACCAAAGCUAGGGCUAGAGAAAAAUACAUCAUGGAUGCGCACAAGAUCGUCAAAAAGUUGGUAUCCAGUGGUUAUGCAGAUGCUCAGUUCUACCUCGCGGAUUGUUACGGCCAGGGUUUAUUGGGCUUGCCGGUAGACCCGAAGGAAGCUUUCAACCUCUAUCAUUCCGCAGCAAAGCAAGGGCACGCGCAAUCCGCUUAUCGGGUUGCCGUGUGCUGCGAGAUUGGCCAAGAAGAAGGCGGUGGAACGAAGCGAGAUCCGUUCAAGGCAGUGCAAUGGUACAAACGCGCUGCUUCCUUGGGAGAUACUCCUGCUAUGUACAAGAUGGGAAUGAUUCUCGUCAAGGGCCUCCUAGGCCAAGCCAAAAAUCCUCGCGAGGGUGUUUCAUGGCUCAAACGUGCGGCCGAGCGUGCUGACCCAGAAAACCCACAUGCUCUCCAUGAGCUUGCGCUUAUGUAUGCAAACGCAACUGACAAUGACGUCGUCAUUCGUGACGAAGCGUAUGCCAGCCAACUGUUCCAUCAGGCUGCGGAACUGGGUUACAAGUUCUCUCAAUUCCGACUUGGUGCUGCCUAUGAAUACGGAUUGAUGGGUUGUCCGGUGGAUCCCCGACAGAGUAUCUUCUGGUACACGCACGCUGCAGCACAAGGGGAGCACCAGAGUGAGCUUGCUCUGAGCGGGUGGUAUCUGACAGGUUCUGAAGGCAUUCUUCAGCAAAGCGACACUGAGGCCUACCUUUGGGCGCGCAAAGCAGCCACCGCAGGUCUUGCCAAGGCAGAAUAUGCGAUGGGUUAUUUCACCGAAGUUGGCAUUGGAGUCGCCGCCAAUCUGGAUGAUGCCAAAAGAUGGUAUUGGCGAGCAGCUGCCCAAGGUUUUCCCAAGGCUCGGGAGCGUCUCGAGGAAAUCAAGAAAGGCGGGGCUCGCAUGCAAAAGACCCGUCUCUCUCGCUCCGCUGUCAAUCGGCAACAGAACGAGGGCGAUUGCGUCCUCAUGUGA